ACAAAGAUGGCCGCCACAAGGGUUUGCAGGAGGGCGAAGCUGGCGUGACUGACGCUGCCCUCCAGAAAGGUGGCCGCCUCCUGGCCCGGGAGUGGGAGUGGAGGUGGGAGUGGAGGUGGAGGUAGAGCGCCCUGAUUGGUGGGCCUGGACGGGGAAGCUCUGUGAUUGGCUGGAGCCAGCCACUCCUCCCCAUUUAUGGGGCCGGCUAGCGCCCGCUGGAAGCACUUCCUGGCGAGAGGGAGGGCGGCAGGUCCGGGGCCAGGGGGCCAGCGGGAAGGGGGGCGAGGGAGGAAGAGGGGGCGAGUAGCACCUGCUGCUGGGGGCAGGGGAUGGUGGCAGGUGUCAGCCCUGCGGGGGGGCCCAUUUCCCAGCCCCCCUGCCCCGUAGCGCGGGGCCAGGCUGCUCCCCGCCUGCAUCCCUAGCUGGGGGGCUCCGAGCAGGGCCUGGGUCGGGUCCAACCCCCCCAUUUCCCCAGGCCCCAUUGCGGGGGGAAGAAACUUUCCAAGUGUCUUUAAAAGUCCCAGCGACUCCUGGCUCCCUCCAGCCCAGCCGGGCCCCCCACCCCAAGGCGAACGCAGACAUCGGGGAGGGGGGAGAGGGCUGGAGCCACCUCACUCCCCCCUCCCCGCUGGGCCCCUCGGGAGGGGAAAGGCUAAAGCCGGUUUUUGGAUCCCUGCAGGCCCUUCCCCCUGCUGAGCCGCUUAGUCAGGCCGGGUCUCAUUCCUCGGCUGCUUGAGAUUCCCCAUAUUCCUGCCCUGGGGCGCUAACCUCGGGGAUGGGGCGCUGUGGGGCGUGAAGAUCCCACCCGAGUCUGAGUGGGCCACAGGCAGCAGAACAGACUUGGGGGUUGGGUCUGGACAUUUCUCCUAGUGGGGUUAGUUGUCCCUGGCCCGGCGCUGAUCCACCCCUUGCCCACCUAGUGGCGGUUUGGUCUGGGUUUGGGUGGGGCGGGGUGGGGAACUAGGGGAGAGUGGAUGGUGCUGGAAGGACCCACCCGAGGUGCGGCUUGAGCCUGCUGGGGAAGGCAGGUUGGGCCACGGCACCGCCGGGAACAUGAACCUCGUUCUGGGGCCGUACGGCAAGGGCGCGGAGACACUGCUUCACGGGGAGUUUGGGGCUUACCCCUCCAAGGGAUCCCGCUACGCCCUCAGCCUGACCCGGACGGCGCUGCACAUCCAGCGGCUGGUGCCCAAGCCGGAGACGGACCAGCGCACCGUGGUGCCCCUGGCCGAGGUGGUGGGCUGCCACACGCUGCAUAACCGCACGUCGGCUGACCGAGCGGCAUAUUUCUCUGUCUACGCCUACCCGCUGAAGAAGAGGAAGGUGGCGGUGGGGUCAGGGCGCGGGCGUCAGAGGGCGGCACGGACCUUCCAGGUGGACGGGGCCGACGACUAUGAGAAGAACCAAGCGGUGGCGGAGAAAUGGGCGACUGCCAUCAAGUGCCUGGUGUUGGGCAUCCCCAUCUCCAGCGACACAGACAUCACUCCCAGCCUCCUGCCGCGCCCGCCCCGACUGCUGCUGCUGCUGAACCCGUUUGGGGGCAGGGGCCUGGCCCUCCAGUGGUGCCAGACCCACGUGCUGCCCAUGAUCACAGAGGCGGACAUCAGCUUCAACUUGAUCCAGACAGAGAGGCCGAACCACGCCCGGGAGCUGGUGAAGGGCAUCAACGUGGCAGAAUGGGAUGGGAUCGUCGCCAUCUCGGGGGAUGGGCUCCUCUAUGAGGUUCUCAAUGGGCUCAUGGAGCGCCCCGACUGGGAGCAGGCCAUCAAGAUGCCGGUUGGGAUUUUACCGAGUGGUUCGGGGAACGCAUUGGCCGGAGCCAUCAACUGUAAUGCCGGGCUGGAGCAGGUGCUGGGCCUGGAGUUGCUGCUGAACUGUGCCAUGCUGCUGUGCCACGCGGCCGUGACCCCCCUGGACCUGGUGGCCGUCACCACGGCCUCGGGUGCCCGCUGCUUCUCCUGCCUCAGCGUGGCCUGGGGCUUCGUCUCGGACGUGGACAUCGAGAGCGAGAAGUACCGGCACAUGGGCGCCGCCCGCUUCACGCUGGGGCCGGGCGAGCUGCCGGCCGGCGGGAUGGGCGAGGCCCGGGUGGGCGGCCCCCCGGAUGAGCUGCUGGUGCCGCUGGGGCAGCCGGUGCCCGGCUCCUGGGUGACGGUGGAGGACAACUUUGUGUUGGUGCUGGCCAUCUACCAGAGCCAUCUGGGGGCUGACCUCUUUGCUGCCCCCUUCGCCCGCUUCGACGAUGGGCUCAUCCACCUCUGCUUCAUCAAAGCCGGCAUCUCCCGCGCUGCCCUGGUCCGCCUCUUCCUGGCCAUGGAGAAGGGCAACCACUUCGAGCAGGAGUGCCCCCACCUCGUCCACGUGCCCGUCCGGGCCUUCCGCCUGGAGCCCCUCACCCGCAAGGGCAUCCUGACCGUGGACGGCGAGCGGGUGGAAUACGGCCCCAUCCAGGGCCAGGUGCACCGGGGCCUCGCCAGACUGAUCACCGGCGGCGACCGCCUCAAGAUCGCCACCGGCUGAUUCCCCCCGGCUGGGCGCAGAGAGGAGGGCCCCAGUCCCCUCCAGCCGGCUUGGUGCGGGGGGUGGCAGGAAACGGCUGGCAGGGGCCGUGCCGCCCUCCCUCCCGGUGGCAGCAGGGACUGAGCCGCGCUGCCCCUGCCUGGAUCCUGCCUAAAGCUGAGUAUUUAUUGCUUUGAUCCUGGCAUCACCUGCUGAAUGAAUGUAAGGAGGGACGUGACCCCCGGGGGGGCGGUCUCCCAGCCUGUGGGGGCUGCAGGAGGGAAAGGGCCGGGCUCCGUGAGGUGCUGUGCGUGGCCCUUUUCCACUGCCCCCCAUUCUGCGUCCAGAGGGCGCUAGGGAGUCGCAACCGGGGCACGUUCCCACUGCCUGCCACUAAGGGGGAGGCUGUGCCCGUGGGGGGAGCCACGGGGGGAGCCACGGGGCUGGUGCCUCCAGCCACGGGGGGGAGUGGGAGGGGUUGGCAGGUGUCCCAGCAGCCACUGUAGUACCCAUGUCCCCCCCCUCCCCCUCUCGGGGUGCAGCCUGGUGUCUUCCCCUCGGGGCUGGAGGUAGGGUUACAGGCAAGCUGCUCCCAUUACACGUGGGGGGUGGUGGUGCGAGGGGGGAAGUGGCUUUGCGGACCAGUUGGUGAUCUCUGUGGUGCGGUCACUCUGGCUGGCUGCCCCUUCUCUAACCACUAGCGCCCCCUCCCCCUGAGCCAGGAUAGAACCCAGGAGUCCUGGCUCUCAGUCUCCACCUCACCCCCCCAGACCCAACUCCCCUACGUGAGCAGCAGGUACAAUUUUUGGAGGGGAGUGGGGUCUACUCGGGGGUGGGAGCCAGGACUCUUGGAGUCUCUUCCUGACUCUGGGAGGGGAGUG